UACGAGCCGCGCGGCUGGUGAAGUGUGUGGCUGCGGCCUCCGCAAGGCUUGGGGUCUGAACCAGCCAUGACUGCCAAAGAUUAUCCGUCAUUGUGGGGCUUUGGAACAACAAAAACAUUUAAAAUACCUGUUGAACAUUUGGAUUUCAAGUAUAUUGAAAAAUGUUCAGACGUUAAACACUUGGAAAAAAUUCUUUGUGUGCUCAGGUCUGGUGAGGAAGGAUAUUAUCCUGAACUUACUGAAUUUUGUGAAAAGCGCCUUUCAGGCUUGGCUCCUGGAAGUAGAGCUUUGAGGAGAGAGAAACCUGCAGCGACAGCAGCCAGUUUCACAGCAGAAGAAUGGGAAAAAAUUGAUGGUGAUAUAAAGAGUUGGGUAUCAGAAAUUAAAAAAGAAGAUGAUAAAAUACACUUUCAAGAAACUGAAACAUUUCCAGCAAUGGAAGAUAAUUUGCCUCCAGUUCGUGGUUCAAACAGCCAUCUUCACGUUGCCAAGGAAAAAAAUUCUAAAAGUAGACCAGCUAAAAAGAAAAUUCCGAGGGACUAUGCAGAGUGGGAUAAAUUUGACGUGGAAAAGGAAUGUGCGAAAAUUGAUGAAGAUUACAAAGAAAAAACUAUAGUAAACAACAAGUUGCAUUUGUCUAAAAUUGAGACAAGACUAGAUACAGCAGGUCUAACUGAGAAGGAAAAGGAUUUUCUUGCUACUCAUGAAAAGGAGAAAGGAAAUGAAGCUUUUAACUCAGGAGAUUAUGAAGAGGCUGUGAUGUAUUAUACUCGGAGCAUAUCAGUGCUUCCCACGGUAGCAGCCUAUAACAAUCGCGCUCAAGCGGAACUCAAAUUACAGAACUGGAACAGUGCUUUUCAGGAUUGUGAAAAGGUCUUGGAGUUAGAACCCGGGAACUUGAAGGCUCUUCUGCGCCGUGCCACUACGUAUAAACAUCAAAACAAGCUCCAGGAAGCUAUAAAAGAUUUGAAUAAAGUACUGGCUGUUGAACCUGAUAAUGAGUUGGCCAAAAAAACCUUGUUAGAGGUUGAAAGAGAUCUGAAAAAUUCUGAACCUGCAUCUGAGACUCAAACCAAAGGGAAAAGGAUGGUUAUUCAGGAAGUAGAAAACUCAGAAGAUGAAAAUGAAAAGGACAGUGGAAGAAAACAUGAAGAUGGCAUUGGAGAUAAGAAGGCCGCGGAGCCGGCGCCAGCCGGGCGCGCCGCCGAGCCGCGCGCCAUGGGCAACAUCCAGAAGAAGCUGACGGGCAAGAGCGAGGGCGGCCGGCGGCCGGAGACGGGCGCGCCGCGGCGGGGCCGGGCGCCGGAGGCCGGCGCGGACAAGCGGGACCGGCCGCGGGCCCCGGCGACGGCGGGCGGUGCCAGUGGGCACCCGGGCGGCGGGCGGGGCGCCGGGGACCCCGUCGGCCCCGCCGGCCUGAAGAGCCAGGGCAACGAGCUCUUUAAAAACGGGCAGUUCGCCGAGGCGGCUCUCAGGUACUCGGCGGCGAUCGCGCAGCUGGAGCCUGCAGGAAGUGGAAGUGCAGAUGAUCUAAGUAUCUUAUAUUCAAAUAGAGCAGCAUGUUAUCUAAAAGACGGAAACUGCAGUGGCUGCAUUCAAGAUUGUAACAGGGCUCUGGAACUUCAUCCAUUCUCAAUCAAGCCUCUUCUUCGACGAGCAAUGGCCUAUGAAACUUUAGAGCAGUAUCAGAAAGCUUAUGUGGAUUAUAAAACAGUGUUGCAAAUAGACUGCGGAAUCCAGAUAGCAAAUGACAGUGUUAACAGGAUAACAAAAAUUUUAAUGGCCCUGGAUGGACCAAGCUGGCGGGAGAAGCUGUCACCCAUUCCUGCUGUGCCCACUUCUGCACAAUUGCGAGCUUGGCGGCCUGUGGCAGAGACGCCCCCAGACCAAGUGGGAGAUUCCUGCAGCCAUCACCAACCGGGCAUCACAGAUGAAAAAAUGUUUAAAACCCUUAAAGAAGAAGGAAAUCAAUGUGUAAAGGACAAAAACUAUAAAGAUGCCCUUAGUAAAUACAGUGAAUGCUUAAAGAUUAACAACAAGGAAUGUGCCAUUUAUACAAACAGAGCCCUCUGUUACCUGAAGCUGGGCCAGUUUGAAGAGGCAAAGCAGGACUGUGACCAGGCGCUUCAGAUGGACCUCGGCAAUGUGAAAGCGUGCUACAGACGAGCUCUUGCUCACAAAGGACUCAAGAAUUAUCAGAAAAGUUUAAACGAUCUCCAUAAAGUUCUCCUACUAGACCCAAAUAUUAUUGAGGCAAAAAUGGAACUGGAAGAGGUCACCAGAAUCCUGAAUGUUCAGGAUAAUGCAGCAUCAUUCAACAAAGAAAAGGAGAGAAGGAAAAUUGAGAUUCAAGAGGUGAAUGAGGGCCAUAAAGAGGAGCCUGAAAGGACCUCGGAGGACGUCUCCACUGACUCCCGUGCUUCUGAGAAGGGGGACACAAGCAACGGGCCACGAGAAUUCUAUGAGAAACUACCAAUCCCCAAGCCUAACAAUGCCUACGAAUUUGGCCAGGUUAUAAACGCCGUCAGUACUAGGAAAGAUAAAGAAGCCUGUGCACACCUGUUAGCCAUCACUGAACCGAAAGACUUGCCAGUGUUGUUGAGUAACAAACUUGAAGGGGAUACAUUCCUGCUCCUCAUCCAGUCUCUGAAAAAUAAUCUUAUUGAUAAAGAUCCUUCUUUGGUAUAUCAGCAUCUUUUAUAUCUGAGUAAAGCAGAAAGGUUUAAGAUGAUGUUGACACUGAUUAGCAAGGGCCAAAAGGAGCAGAUUAAACAGCUCUUUGAUGACCUCUCAGACACACCAAACAAACAUUUUACUUUAGAAGAUGUGCAGGCCCUCAAAAGGCAGUAUGAGCUUUAAAUAAAGAUUAUUGUUAGAUUUCUUCCAUGCAUGUAUGUGUUCCAGUAAUGCUAAUGAGAUGGUAUUGUAAUAGAGUUGCAUGGAUAAAAACCUGGCUUAGAAAAGAUCCCUUGGUCUGGACUAUAAAAUAUUUUACUUAUUUUUAUACAUAGAACACAUAUAUUCUACAAUCUGCUUUUUAUUAGUUGUAAAUAUUUUCUUAUGUACCAGAGCUAACAUCUUUAUAUUUAAUAAUAAGUAUAUCUGGAACUUGUUAAGAUGCAUUUUAAUUUAUAUUAUACAUUUUCUUUUAAUAACUUACUUGUUAAAAUUUUGAGUUAAAUUACACUUCUUUGGGCUAUGAAGGAGUCCUGUUAAGUUUGAUAGAAAUGUAUUUCUUUACAGUUCAUUUUUAAAAGUGGAAAUCAUUAAUGGUGAUUAUUACAUCACUUUUAUUUCCUGCUAAGAUAUAUAUAAAUCCCAUUUUAUACUACUUGUGGAUUACAGGCCUCUAAGAUGAAAUGUAACACUUAAGUCUAUAAUAUGAAAUGAUUAUUAAAUAAAUUGUGAUUAUUAAUUUAGAGCUAUAAGAGGAACUUAUUUUUUUCUAAUAUGGAAGCAUUGCCUAAUAAUUAAGAACAAAAAUUGCCUGAAAUUCUGCUCCUUUUUACUAGAUUUUUAAAGGCAAGUUUCCCUUAUGUGUUGCUUACAUAAGCAAUAAAGAAACAACCACUAUAUAAAAGCAACUAAGCCUGCAUUUCUAUUUGAAUUGUCACUCCCACAUUUCCCCCAAACAUUUUGAGUGACUUCUCCCUCUUUGUUUCCCCCCUCCUUUAAGCAUGAUCAUAUUUAUUCCCUUAGUGCAAAAGGGAAAAUGAAGAACUCUUUAUAUUGAGAGCUCCCUUGUUAACUGGGUCAGGGUAAAGGUAUUUCUUACGAUAAAACCUUCAGGUCUCUAUCAAUCAGUGUGCUGUCAUUUAUUCCUGUAGUCUUUGGUCAGGUUUCUUUUUCUGAAGCAUUUUCUUGUUCUUUAGAAGAGCAGAGGAAAGAUGACUAUCACAUUCGUUAUUUCCAU